UCAAUACCACCACUUCAGCUACUACUCAGCUAUUCAUAGCUCGCUUGUGAUUGGCGCUCUACUGCGAUCCGCCAACCUCAUCAACUGCGACAAUGUCGACCUUUGUCGUGUCGCUCUUUCUACCCUAUACGGUUGAUUUCCAGGACAUUCCUACUCCCGCACGCCGUGAUAGUCCUCCCGCGACCGCUAGACCGCCUACGGGCCACAGUGCGCACGGCCAAAGAGACUCUAUCCCCGAUUUCUCGGCUCUCGACAAGAAAGCCAGUCUGUUUCACCAUCCUACCCCCCCUCGGACGCCUGCCAGCGCCACCCACCAAUACGAUGACUUCUUCAAACAUGCCACCAGCGUAGCUUCUCACUUUCCCAAACCUCACGACCCUCGAUCUCUUGUCCGUAGCGACUCGUUCGCUCCAGACUGGGGUAGCAGCUCGUUCUUCAAUCAGCCAAAGUCCAGAGCCGGCCCCGCACCGCCAGAUACAAUUCUUGAGUACGCCAAAGCGCAAGAGCGUGUGAACAGUGCGAGGAAUCAUCAGCGUCGUAAAACUGGAGAGCGCGGUCCUCCGCGCGAGAAGAGCGGUGAGAGAGGUGCAUGGCGAGACAAGUGGACCAUAGAGCCAGCGGUACAAGGCAAUGGCGGUCUUGCCAAUGCUAUCAAUGCUGCAGUUGAGGCUGGCAGCAUGGGUGACGUGAUCUGGGUUGGCACUCUGGGCUUCCCGACCGACAGUUUGGAAGAGGCCCAGAAAGACGACAUACACGACCGACUUGAAUCAGAGUUUGAAGCAUUACCGGUCUACGUGAGUGACAGCGAUUUCGAUGGCCACUAUACGCAUUACUGCAAGACGAUUCUGUGGCCUGUCUUUCACUAUCAGAUUCCCGACCAUCCUAAGAGCAAAGCGUAUGAGGAUCAUUCAUGGAUAUUCUACGUCAACCUCAACAAAGCAUUUGCCGAGAAAAUCAUCAAGAGCUACAAAAGGGGUGAUAUUGUCUGGAUUCAUGACUACCAUUUACUCCUGGUUCCUAAGCUCGUCCGAGAUGCCCUCCCCGACGCGCAAAUUGGCUUUUUCCUACACACUGCCUUCCCAUCGUCGGAAGUCUUCCGCUGCCUAUCUGUACGGAAGGAGCUCCUUGAAGCUAUGCUGUCCUCCAAUCUAGUAGCAUUCCAGACCCGCGAAUAUGCCCAUCAUUUCUUGCAGACUUGCAGUCGUCUUCUCGUGGUGGAGGCUACCGAAGAAGGCAUCCAGCUCGAUAAUAGGUUUGUCAACGUCACGUGGUUACCCAUGGGUAUCAAUCCUGAGGGUCUUUCCAUUGCGCGUGAAGACGAGUCCGUUGGCGACUGGAUCAAGGUCAUGGAGGAGAGGUACAAGGGUAAAAAGCUGAUUGUCGGGCGUGACAAGAUGGACCAAGUUGGAGGAAUCCGACAGAAGUUUUUGGCGUAUGAGCUGUUCUUGAACAAGUAUCCAGAAUGGAAAGACAAGGUCGUCAUGAUACAGGUCGCAACAUCGACGACGGAGAAUCCUGAGCUUGCUGAAACAAUCUCGGAUAUCGUUACUCGCAUCGACUCUGUCCACUCUACACUCGCGCAUCAACCUUUGGUCUUCUUAAGACAGGACAUUGAUUUCUCGCAAUAUCUCGCUCUUCUGUCAGUCGCCGACGUGCUCAUGGUCACGAGUCUUCGAGAAGGACUCAACCUUACAUGUCAUGAGUAUGUUUUCUGUCAGGAUGGCAAGGCCAGUCCGAAUGGUGAGAAGAAGCAUGGACCGUUGAUUCUGAGUGAGUUCACCGGAAGUGCUGCGGUCUUCAACGGCCAAGAACUGCCUGUGAACCCAUGGGACUACAAAAAUUGCGCCGAAGCCAUCAAGAUCGCGCUCGAGAUGACACCAGAGGAGAAGGUGCGUCGCUAUGGCAAGCUUCGAGAUGUUGUCAUGCACCACACUGGAGAAUUCUGGAGCCGCACACUCAUCAAGUCCCUUGCCCGAGUCCACGACGAGCAUUAUAAGCGCGAUACCAUGUCCAUUCCUCGACUUUCAGCAUCUCAGCUCAGCCAGAAAUACAAGGAGUCGAGCAACCGCUUGUUCCUUCUUGACUAUGAGGGCACGCUUGCAACCUAUGGCUCUCCGGCUCGAAUGGUUGUCGAUUCCCCACAACGAGUCCUUGACACGCUUAGCGAACUCCUGCUUGAUCCGAAGAACACUGUCUAUGUCAUGUCCGGCCGCACCAAGGAGGAACUAGAGUUCCUUUUCAAUCGUGUUCCUGGACUCGGCUAUAUCGCAGAAAAUGGCUGCUUUGUUCGCGAGGCUGGUGCUGGAAGUAUUGUCGAUGAUCCCAAAGAAUGGACAUGCUUUCCUGACCAAGCUCGCAUGGAAGAGUGGAAAGAAGCCGUUCAUGGAAUCCUGCAGUACUACCAGGAGCGUAUGGAGGGAUCUUGGAUCGAACAGCGCUAUUGCAGUCUUAUCUACCAUUACGACAAGGCUGAGGACCUGGAGUCGGCGCAAAAGCACGCAGGUGACUGUGCCAACCAUAUCAACGACGCUUGCCGCGACCAACGCGUCCACGCCAUUCCAGUCAAGGACGCCGUCAUCAUCGAGCCAAUGGACUAUGACAAGGCAACGGCGGCCAAGUAUGUUCUGGGUCUGAUGACGGGCGGAGAGGGAUCAAACCUCAAACCCGCGAUCGGCAAGCCCGACUUCUUGUGCGUAGCGGGGAAUGACCGUGACGAUGAGGUGCUGUACCGCUGGGCAAACGAGAUGGGCGAGCAUGCCGAGAUCAAACAUGUCACGACCGUCAGUGUCGGCCAGAGGAAUACACAGGCGCAGAGCACGCUCACGCAGGGCACAACGGGGUUGUUGAGCGUUUUGCAGCGCCUGAGCAAGGCCGGUGGACCCAAUGGCACGAGAGGACGGAGCACUACUGGGAGUAGCCAGUUCCGAAGCAUGUCGUAGACCGGUGGAGGAGGUUUCUGCGUUGAUGCCCACUGGAUUCUUCCCCUUCACUCACGAUGAUAUGAUUCCUGCUUGCUUUUUGGCACUAGUAUUCGGGCGGUCGAGCGAGCGAUUGAGUCGGCUAGUGCUGUUUCUCCUGUACGAGUCUCUUGCACCCCAUUACAUUGCAUCCCCGUGCGCUCUGCAUAGCAUAAACUGCGAGUUUAUUAGAAAAAUUACACCACCUUUGGCUAUAUAUGUAUACAUUUCCCCACUUGCUUGCGUAGCUCUGUGUUCAUCACCACUGAUUCCUCCAUCUCGUCGGGUCUGAUUUGGUUUCAGCCAUCCCCUUCCUCCGUCCCCAUGUAGUAGAAAUGUAGAGCUAUGCAUCUGGCAUAUCGAUG